AUGACUUCACCACAAGUCCUCAUCGUCGGCGCAGGUCCCGUGGGUCUCACCACUGCCCUGGCUCUUCACCAGGCCGGUGUUCCAGCGAGCGCCAUUCUCGUGGCCGACGUCAGACCUUCGCGUGAUCUUACGCAUAACUGGUCCAAGGGUCUGACUUUCAGCGCAAGCUCACUCGAGAUCUUCCGCACCCUCGGCAUCGCAACGAGGUUCCUAGAAGACGCCACUGCGGUCCCCAACGCCCACUUUGGCGCCUUGCGCCGACUUCUAGAUCUCAACUAUGACGUGCUGGGGACGAAAUAUCCGUUUAACUGCACUUUCCCACAGGUGAAGACAGAGGCAGUCCUGAUAAAGCGAUGCGAGGAAGUCGGGAUCCCGUUCGCCUGGGGCCGCAAGUUUGUGGGCCUGGAGCAGAAAGCAGACGUUGUCUCUGCCAUUUUUGAGAGACAUGGCAGUGACAACAACGACGACAACGGCGACAACGACGUGGAGACGGUCGAGACCUCGUGGCUGGUAGGCUGCGACGGAACCCACAGCGCCGUCCGAAAGGCAGCCAGGAUCUCGUGGCCAGGAACACAAGCCACGAGGUACGGCUGGCUGGCAGACUGCACGGUGCAGGACAAGACGCCGGGCAUCCGCACCGCCAUGGUCCAAGGAGAAAAAAUGCUCAUGCAGACCAUCUCUCCGGGUGUUGUCCGCUACAUGGGGCUCAUCCCACCCUCGGCAGCAACAGACCCUGUGCAGAGACCAGCUCCGCCCGACAAGGAUCUCAUCAGGAAGUGGGCCGACAGGUGUUUCGGCACAGAUUACGGACUGCAGGAUGUGGGCUGGUCAUCCGUCACGGGAAACGGCAUGUAUCAUGCUGAUACGUACCGCUGGGGCAGGAUUUUUCUUGCCGGAGACGCGGCACACCAGCUCUUCCCCGCUGGAGGGCAGGGGAUGAACACGGGGCUUCUCGACGCGGCUAACCUGGCCUGGAAGCUCGCCGCCGUUGUGGGCGGCGGCAUCUCGGGCCAAGAGGAGGUGGUCGAGCGCGUCCUGGACAGCUACACGCGGGAGCGCAGGCCGGCUGUGCAGGCUGUGAUCAAGAACAUCAAGGUGCAGAUGGCCUUGUUCUUCGCCACCACUGAACAGGAGCAGGCAAUGGUGGACUUCGUCACGGAGGCGUUUGAUCAGCCGACUUUCAAUAGGCUGUGGGCUCGGCGCGUGACGGGGUUUGAUGAUCCCACUGAGCCGUAUCAUCUGGGCGAUGAGGGCCCACAGACAAGACACAGGCUGGUGGGAACUCGGCUGACGCAUGUUUCCGAUGAGCAUGCACCUGAUAUACUUGAAGCGGCAAGGAAAAAUGUCUUCGUCCUCGCGUUUGUAUAUCUUAUCACUUCCACCUAA